AUAUAGUGACAUUGGAUAGCUGACGAGACCUCUUCGAGCAUGAAGGUGUUAUUUCAUUUGCUGUCGUUGUGGUUGUUUGUCUUUCUUUUCGCGAGUUUAUCAAAAGGUAAAAAUACAGAUAUAAUCAGCUUCAAUGCUAACAAAUCCUCCAUAAUAAGGAACACGGUAAACAGCCUGGAUAUUGCCAGCUUUGCAAAAUAUCAAAGCAAGUAUUUAGGUCCAAACAAUGGACCAGUAGUUCUUAUUAAGAAACAAGUUGGGCAUGAGAUGCAGUGUAUYGCUGAUUGUGUAGCAGAUUUCAAGUGCAUCUCUAUAAACUUGGCAAAACUUCCUAAUUCUGAUGGGAAGUUUCCGUGCGAGCUGUUAAAGACGGAUAAAUUCGAUACUAACACUGCCAGCCUUACAGACAAUGUAAACUUCAAUCAUUUAUCUAUUUGGAGCAAGUGUAUGUCUACUCCCUGYAACCAGAACGAAGCCUGUGUCCCACUCUACGCCAACCAAAGUUACACCUGCCAGCAAUAGAAUCAUGCAUUGAUUACCAGCCUCAAGAAGCAAUGCUCAGCAGAUCUGUCAKAAAAAAAACCGUCAGGAGAAAUAGUUAAAUCACACGUCAAUCUGUUUUUUUAUUCAUAUAUACCAGUGCAUGACAUGUCUCGAUUUUUUAGCAUUUCAUGAACAUUCUUGUGUACGAAAUACCGUCGUUUUUAUAUARCAAAAGUAAAACAGGAUGCUGAGCUACU